CAGCAGCUGCCCCACCGUGGCCUGGCUCCUGGAAAGGGCCUGGGACCCCCGCACCUGGCGCCAGGGCGACCGAUGCCCUGCCAAGGGGCUGCGGGAGGGGUCGCCGGACUCUACUUCCCGGCUGCUGUGUGCGCAGCAGGCUGCUUGGCAAUGGGAGGUGGUCAGGCAGCCAGGUGCACCUCCAGGCAGCCGUCCCAGGGGCUCCCAGCAUUGCCCCUACCGCCAGCCCAGGCAGCUCACGCCAUGCCCCUCUCCAUGGGCUACACCCGCAUCGUCAACGGGGAGCCCGCAGUGCCCAGCUCCUGGCCCUGGCAGGUCUGCCUGCAGCGCAACAACGGCUUCCACUUCUGCAGCGGGUCACUGCUCAGCGAGAACUUGGUGGUCACUGCGGCCCACUGCAGAGUCAGGACCACCGACACUGUGGUGCUGGGCAAGUACAACCAGGCCUCACCCUCCAAGGAUGUGCAGGUGAUGGCCAUCGAGAAGGUCUUCAAGAACCCCAGGUUCAACCUGCUGACGGUCCGCAACGACACCGCGCUGCUCAAGCUGGCGGCGCCAGCACAGCUGACGGCCCGCGUGUCGCUGUGCCUGCCCAAGGCCACCGCCGUCUUCCCCGGGGGCCUGACGUGCGUCACCACAGGCUGGGGCCUCACCGACCCCCAGGGUAAGGCGACCCCUGCUGCCCCUGGCCCCGGCCCGUGGGGCAACGCUGGGGGCCCGCUGGGGUGCCGGAGUGAGGGCGCCUGGAGCCUGGCGGGCCUCGUGUCAUGGGGCAGCAGCAGCCGCUCCCCCUCGGUGCCCGGCGUCUACGCCCGCGGCACCGCGCUGCGCGCCUGGAGCGACUCCGCGCUGGCGGCCAGCUGA